AUGACAUCAAACCCAAACAGCCAGGCUCCUUCGGACGCCGUGCCCACAGCCAAGUUCUUACAAGCCCGAAUCACAGCUCUUUCAACUACUCUCAUCAAGCGGCUAGAGAACAUCUUUGCGGUUGCCUUAGAUGACACGGCGUCUCGGACAAUGGGUGGCAAUGCGCCAGUCCCUCCAUCGUUGACUGAGACGUCGGCCCAACAAUUCCAACUCGACGUCGAAUCCACAGCAGUCAUUCGGGCAGCCGAGGAAAUCAUGAUGCUGACGAGGACAAUGAAGGAGAUUUGGCUCUUCGGCGGCUUGGAUACUCUGGCGGCGGAUCACGAAGACAAAGACGUGAACGGGCAAGACGAGGCAGCGCAGAGGAAGAUGGAAGAAGAUAUCCGGAUCGUCGAGGAAGGUUUUAGGAACUUCCUCGAAAGGUACGAAACGUCACUUGUUCGUGAUGGCGGCGACGAACACGCCUAG